AUGACUUUCAAGGCCGGUGAAUUAUCUGUGGUGGAGUACGGCUGCAAUGAGCUUUUGGCCUGCGUAAGGGGCCCUCAGACUGGCCACACCGCUCCGGCCCUGGCGCCACGAGGUGUUCGCAUCAACACCCCGGAAGAGGGUGACGUCUACGCUCCGACCAUGGGAGAACUGAAGGUGAUCGCCUAUCUGUUGGACCUGAUGACCAUCCGCGUUUGCGAUCUGGUGUCGAACGCCACCUUAGCCACGAUCAGCCACGACACCCGGAUCGAUUGGCUGGAGCUCAACCCCAAUGGCGCCAACCGCUUGAUUUUCCGGGACAAGCGGAGGCAGCUGUACCUUUACGACAUCGAACAGCAGCAACGGGUGACCCUGUUGAACUACUGCAACUAUGUGCAGUGGGUGCCUGAUAGCGAUGUGGUGGUGGCGCAGAAUCGAGGCCAAUUGUGCGUCUGGUACUCCAUCAACGCCCCGGACCGUGUGACGCUGCACGAGAUCAAGGGCGACAUCGAAGACAUCGAACGAAGCAACGGCAGGACCUGCGUCAUUGUGGACGAGGGCGUGAACAUGGAUACAGCCUUCCUCAAUCGAAUCCACAGAGAGAUCAUGACAGAUGCAGAUGGUCCCUGGCGAUGCCAAACAUGCAAAAAGAUUUGCAGUGCAACGCAUCAGUUCUGCGGUGUGUGUGGGAUUUCAUGGCAUCUAUGUGCCGACCCAUCCUACCAGCCACCACAGAGACAGAGCAGAUCGCAACGCUCAGUUCAAUGGAGCUAUGCAAAUCAAUGGACCGACCAAGAUUGGGAAGAUCCUCAAUGGGAUCCACAACAAGCCGACCAAUCUCAAUGGACAGCAUCCCCAAGAAGGCGUACCUCGUCGAGAAGACGGCCAUCAAAGAAAGCGACCAAAAAAGCUGCAGAGACACCCAAAGGGGCAAAAGGCAAAGGCAAACAUGCAAGCGUGGACCAGGACAGAAUUGGCCCGCCUUCAUUGCCUGCCAACCAGGUGGAUCCACCUUGGCUACAAUCGAUGACCUCCAUUGCAGCGACUAUGCCACCUCCGAUGCAACAAAAUGCGGAGGACAAACAGUUGAAGAGCCUUAUGGCAGUUUUGAAAAAGCACAGCGACACACUGCCACCGGAAGUCCAAAACAUGGUGAACGAAGCUGCAAUCAAAGAAGGACAGCAACAGACCAAGCAGCUCCACGCGGUGGUCGCGGCCCAUGGACGAGCUCGCAAAGAGCUGCAACAAGCCCAAUUGGCACGCUUUCAGCUUCACAACGCUUGGAGGGGAUUUCUCAGCCAAGCUGUCACUCAGUGGCAGGGCUACAGUGCACAAUUCCUGGAACAAGAAAAGCAGAUGAACGAGCGUGUCAAUACGGCAAUGGAAGCUUUGAACCAAGCGAAGGAAAGCCUAGCCAAAGCCAAGUCCACGGCCGGAGUCGAAGCCAAAGAGGACACCAUGGCCAUCAGCGACGAAGAGCCGGACAAGGAGAUCGCAGGCUGCACAGCCGAUCGCAUCCAAGAAGGCCUCACCAAUUUGCAGUCCAGCCUCGAGGCGCUACAAACCUCAGCCGAGCAGAUGGUGGAGGACGAACAAAAAGCCCUCAAGAGACCACGCCUGGACACGGGUCAGCUGGACUCAGCAAAGCCAUCCGAGUUGCCUGGUGCUGCAUCGGGUUUUGGUUAG